UUUUUUUCUUUUUUUCUUUUUUUUCUUUUCUCAAAAACCAAUUAUUUCAUUCUUUUAUAAACAAAUACUUGGCAUAAAUAUGAAUAAUUCAUCUUUAUUAGUGCUAAAAAGUUUAGUACCAUCUUCAUUCACCAAAGUACGAUCCUUGCAUACAAGUACAAUUCUUAAACAACGUACACAAUUUCAUUUUGAUACUUUUAAAUUUGUACAAAGAUUAGAACAUGAGGGGUUCAGUCGACUACAAAGUCAAGCUAUCAUGGGUUCGUUACAAGAAGUCAUCUCGGAUAGUAUGAAACAAUUGACCAAUAGUGUGGUGACUAAAGCAGAACAAGAAAAAGCAGUUUAUACUUACAAAGUGGAUUUUGCUCAGGUCAAAUCAGAAUUACAAUUAUUAGAAAAGAAUGAAUUUGUUGUGAUGCGUGCGGAAAAUGAACGACUACAAAAUGAAUUGGAUAAAUUACGACAAAAGUUAAGAGAAGAAAUUACACGAACACAGGCCAAUGUACGACUAGAACUGAAUCUGGAAAAAGGAAGGAUUAGGGAUGAAACAAGUGCCCAAGAAAUUAAGAUCAAGGAAACUGAUACAAGAAUUGAAAGUGAAUUGGCUGGUUUAAGGACUCAAAUGGAAGCAAUCAAGUUUCAAAUUUUACAAUACUUUAUUGGUACAAUGACUGGUGGUGGUGCUCUCUUUUUGGCUUAUCUUCGUAUGUUUCGAUAAAAUAAAUCUUAAGAUUAUUUUUUUUUUCUUUUUAG